AUCGCCAUGAGACUGGUACUUCCUAACCCCGGACUGGAUCUCCGGAUCUAUAACCAUGAGGAUCUGGAGAGGCUGGAGAAGGAGCAGGCUGGUGACAGGCUCAAGUGGGACAACAAAGCCCAGUACAUCCUAACCUGUGUGGGCUUCUGCAUCGGGAUUGGUAACGUGUGGCGAUUCCCUUACUUGUGUCAAAGUCAUGGCGGAGGUGCCUUCUUGAUCCCCUAUCUGAUCCUGCUGAUGCUGGAGGGAAUGCCUCUCCUGCUGAUGGAGUUUGCCAUCGGCCAGCGUCUGAGGAAAGGCAGCGUGGGAGUGUGGAGGGCCAUCAACCCUUAUCUGACCGGUAUUGGUGUAGCAUCCAUGCUGGUGUCCUUUUUGGUUGGACUGUAUUAUAACACCUUAAUAGCCUGGAUCAUGUGGUAUUUCUUCAACUCCUUUCAAGACCCACUGCCUUGGUCACAGUGUCCUCUCAAUGACAAUGGGACAGGUUUCGUACCAGAGUGUCAACAGAGCUCCACUGUGGAUUACUAUUUUUACAGAGUGACUCUGAAUAGUUCGGCCUCUAUAUCUGACUCCGGCGGAAUCCACUGGCCCAUAGUAGUCUCUCUGUUAACUGCCUGGACAGUCAUCUGUAUCUGCUACAUACGAGGAAUCAGCACUUCAGGCAAGGCAGUGUACGUCACAGCCAUCCUGCCGUACAUAGUGCUGGCCAUCUUCCUGAUCCGAGGACUGACUCUUAAAGGAGCCCUGAGUGGAAUAAAGUUCCUCUUCACACCAGACGUGGCGGAGUUGAUUAAACCAACAACUUGGAUGGAUGCAGGUGCCCAAGUUUUUUACGCCUUUGGUUUGGCUUGGGGAGGCCUCAUCUCCUUCUCAAGCUACAACCCUGUUCACAACAACUGCAUGCAAGAUGCUGUGAUCCUGUCUGCAAUAACUGGCUUCACCUCAAUCUAUGCAGCCACAGUCACCUACUCCAUCAUCGGCUUCAGGGCCACUGAGAAAUAUGACAACUGUAUCAGUGAAAACAUCAUGACAUUAUUAAAUGCAUUUGAUCUUCCUGAAGAUAACAUCACCACAAACAACUAUGAGGCAGCGUUCAAUCAUCUCAACAGCUCCUAUCCUGGCAUUGUUCUUGGACUGGACAUCAAAACUUGUGACUUGCAGAAACUUCUCAGCGAGGGAGUGGAGGGAACAGGUCUGGCCUUUAUUGUGUUUACAGAGGCCAUCACCAAGAUGCCUGGUUCUCCAGCCUGGUCUGUCCUUUUUUUCAUCAUGCUUCUCUGCUUGGGAAUCUCAACCCUGUUUGGCAACAUUGAAGGAGUGGUGGUCCCCUUGAGAGACCUAAAUAUGUUUCCAAAAAAAUGGCCCCAAGAGGCACUAACUGGAACAACAUGUGUCAUCGCCUUCAUCAUCUCGCUCCUGUUUGCACUGCAUUCAGGGCUUUACUGGGUAACUCUCUUUGAUAGCUUUGCUGGAUCCAUUCCACUUCUGGCCAUUGGAUUUUUUGAGAUGAUAGCUGUUGUUUAUAUCUACGGCAUAGACAGAUUCAAUGAGGAUUUGGAGUUCAUGAUCGGACACAAGCCCUCCAUCUUCUGGCAGGUUUCAUGGAGGUUCAUCAGUCCCCUUAUCGUCCUGGUUAUCUUAGUUUUCUACCUGGUGACCCAAGCCCAAGAGGAGCUCACCUAUUUAGUGUGGGACCCCAACUCUGAGGAGUUUCCAGCUCUGGCAUCCGUACCGUACCCUUCCUGGAUCAAUGCAGUCAUAUUUCUUUUGGCAGGAAUCCCCAGUCUGGCAAUGCCUGUGUACGCAUUAUAUAGGCUGGUCUUUGUUUGCUGCAGAAAAAAAUCGAAUCCGGGGAAAAAUUAGUCAAAUUUCCUAACGGGAAUAAAACAUCAUAAAAUUCAGAAUAAAACAAAAU